AUGGUGGCCAAGGAGAACCUCCAUAGUCAGAACCAUUGCAUUGUCUCAUUUUACAGUUCAUCUUUUACAGGUAUAGUUUCUGGUGGACGUGACGACCUUUACGUAUCUGACGCUUUCCACAAAGCUUUCUUGGAGGUGAAUGAAGAAGGCAGCGAGGCAGCAGCUGCUACGACAGUUCUGGUGAUGGGCCGUUCAUUUCCAGCACCCAGAGUAGUCUUCAAUGCCAACAGGCCUUUCCUGGUGCUCAUAAGGGAAGUUGCCAUCAAUGCCAUCCUCUUCAUGGGCAGAGUAACCAACCCUUGUUCUGAAACUACUUAGCUGUCCUCUGGUGGUCCUGCCUCUUCAUCUUCAACUCUACCUGGGCAUGUAGCUAAUAAAAUGCUAUUUUCCCUAA